UCUAUCUUUGUGGUGGGGUGGGGAUUCAUUGUUUAUCUACAGUCCAAUUUCUGAUUGUUUUUCAGAACAAUGUGAUUGGCUCAGACCCCUCACCUUUUUCCUUCUUCCUCUUCCUCUUCCUCUCCCUCUUACUUUUUAAACUUAAAAGAGUAAACUAGUUUAGAUUUAGAGGAUGGUGAAGAAAUAAAGCUGAUGAAAAAAAAGAAGAAGAUGAAAAUCUAAAGCAAGCAAGUAAAAAGAAAGCUGAUCAUAACCGAAAGAAAAACCCUUUUUCAUUAUUUUCCUCAUCUUCUCUCUCCCUCUCUCAAUAAAGGUUUUAAGUUAGCCAGAGAGGCUAUUGUAGAAGAAGAAGAAGAAGAAGAAGAAGAAGAAGAACACAAUAUCACAACAACAAACCAAAAUUAAAAACAAGAAUUAUCAUCUUAUAUUCUUUCUACUAUGUUAAGCAACUCUUUCUUUGAAAAUGGAACAAGUAUCAAAAGAAAACGAAGGCCUGCCGGUACUCCAGAUCCAGAUGCAGAAGUGGUUUCUCUAUCUCCAAAAACCUUAGUUGAAUCGGAUCGGUACAUUUGUGAGAUCUGCAACCAAGGUUUUCAGAGAGAGCAGAACUUACAGAUGCAUCGGCGGAGGCACAAGGUGCCGUGGAAGCUGGUGAAGAGGGAGGAGACGGCAUCGGCUGUGAGGCGGAAGAGGGUGUUUGUGUGCCCGGAGCCAAGUUGCUUGCACCAUCACCCUUCUCAUGCCCUUGGAGAUCUAGUUGGAAUCAAGAAGCAUUUCAGAAGAAAACACAGCAAUCAGAGGCAAUGGAUCUGUGAGAAAUGUUCCAAGGGCUACGCGGUUCAAUCCGAUUUCAAAGCUCAUCUCAAAACUUGUGGCACCAGAGGCCAUUCUUGCGACUGUGGCCGCGUUUUCUCAAGGGUGGAGAGUUUCAUUGAACACCAAGACACUUGCAAUAUGGGGAGGCAGAGUCUCCAAUCGGAAUCACAGUCGCCUGCACAACCACCAGCUUCAAGUCCCAGCUCGUCCAUUGAUAACAAUUUAGAGCUUCAGCUGUUGACCACCACCACCGCCACCAUCACCACCACCACAACAUCAUCAUUUCCAAAAGCAAAAUUAGAUGAAAGUAGUCAUUCUUCCACCAAAUUGCAACUCUCGAUAGGAUCUUCUUCCGAAUCUGACAUUGCCAUUGUCAUGGCAGACAAGGCGUACGCGGAGGAGGCACGGAGGCAGGCAAAGCAGCAGAUUGAGGCAGCGGAGCGAGAAUUCGCCAACGCAAAGAGAAUAAGGCAACAAGCAGUAGCUGAAGUAGACAAGGCUUGUUGGGCUCUUAAAGAGCAAAUCAUCAAUUCUACCACCAUUGAUCUCCAUCAAAUGAUCACAUGCCAUGCUUGUAUGCAGCAACAGCAGGUAAGAGCACCACCACCAGCAGAUCAUGAGAUUGAGAAGUCACUGUCAUUGGUGUUGACGAGUUACACUAACAUGUCCUCCUCUUCCUCAGCCAUAACACGAAGACAAGUUGUGCAUGAGAAUCCAACUUACCACCCACAAUUUGCCCACCAUCCCUACCCUAGACCAUUUUAAAUUAUUAUUUUUUAAAAUUUAUUUUGAUGACUGUGUGUCUAAGAUUAUUAGAGUUUAUGGCCUAAUGGGUGUUGUGAUUAUUAGUUCUAUCAGGUUUUGUCUAUUGGUGUGCUGUAUUGUAUUCAGUUUUUGUUUUCGUAUGGUUGUUUUUUCGUCAUAUUCAAUGGGUAAAUAGUGACUAUUAUGAUGUGAUUUUUGUA